AUGGACCAUACAUUGUUGGUACUGGAGCUCCACUCGGAUUCUUUACCAGUGUAUCAUUUGACGAACCUGCCAUCAUCUCGACCCAGUUGGGCGAAGAAGGCCGCCAUCUUUUUCAUUGAAGAGUUUAAGGUAGAUAACGUUCGUCAUAUGAUGGCACCAACUUCGUUGCAGGAUCUGUUCCAAGGAUUCGAUGCGGUAGGACUGUACAUGUAUGGCAUUGAGUUUUGCUACUUUUUUAUGUGCUACAUCGGUAAGUUCGCUCAAGAAUACCGGAAAGAGAUGGAUACAAAGGAGAAGGACUUCUUUUGGGAGCGAGUCCAUCACUACAGAAAGAUACUUCUUGAUGAUGAAAGACUAAAUCCACUGAAAAGACUCCUCGAUCCGUCAUCUUCUAGCAAAUGGCCGUUUCCUCAUGACAAUCGGACUCGGUCUAAAAGAUACGAACCUGAAGCUCGGCGGAACUCGGAGCAAAACCGAUCGAUCAAUGAAUCCAAUAGUCCAUCGGACUUAUUCACGAACCCGAUGUGUCGUUUGGAACUAGAGAAUCCUUCUCCUAAGAAAUAUACUCGGGGAUCGUCAUUCAUGAUAUUCAAUAAAUGUAAAAACUGCAAAAGAAAUCAAGAUGGAAAUGAAACAUUGAUAAUCAUCACUGAGUCGGAUGAACCAGCUGUGAACAAUGAGUGGUCGGGAAUUCCAAAACCAAAAUUAUCAACGCCGCUUGCAUCCGAACGGAUCUUCUCGUCUACUGCAUCAAGUAAAAGGGACCCGAAGUCGACUUAUAUUCCACAUGUCCGAUCUUUAGAUCUUGUUGGUGGUAAAUCGAAGAUUCCGCGAUUGAAGCGCCCGAAAUUUCAAGCCGCCAUUUCCUGCUCAACCCGACCCAGAAAGAAGCCAGCGAAAUGGAAUGAAUCAAAUGAAAGAAAAGAAAAUUUCACAGCAGCUACUGUGCAGUCGAAAAAUAUCCGAAAGCCAAAUUUAUCAGUUCCAUCUCAAAAGGUUUCUCCAUCCAAACCUGAUAGAUUUAAAAAAACUCACGCUCCCUGCGCAGUGGUAGAGCCUAUCAAAAAGACUGGUCAAGUAAAUCGAGUAUGGCAAAAGAAAGCUCGGGUAUAG